UGGAGGCAGGGGUGACAUCUCUCUCGAUGACUCCUUCUGUAAUGAUCAGCUACUCUGGUCUAGGGGCGAGGAGAAAAGUCAGUCGCUAGCCUUGUGUAGGGUGUGUGAGGGACAUGAAAAAUGCCUUUCUCCCGUCGGAGACAACAGCCCCGUGAUCUCAUGAAUAUAUUCUAGCUGGCGGGCCAUUGUGUAAUAGUCAGGGAGGUAUGCAAUCCAGUUUCUUAGGCAAAAACGGCUACUCGGAGCAAGGACCAACUACUACACAGCGAUUCUUCUCACUUUUGUGCAUGCUUACAUUCCGAGUAGUGACGACGCCGGACAAGCAGUGAUACGGAUCUUUUGAGGCACAUUCGACGAGGCUGCCAGCUACAGUUUUAAAAGGGAAACGAUUCGCCACAUCCAGACAUGGGAGCGAACGUUACAACUUGAAGACAGACAAGACACACUGUUGCGGAUAUAAGGAAAAAUAACGAACAUAGCCUACUUUUAUUGUCACCGACCAAUACUUCUUGGAACUAUCUACCAGCUGAAUAAUACAGAAUCAAAUAAAGAAUUCCAACCACGGGUAGUUGGAGUCAAAGGGCCCCCAUACUAAACAAUGAGGAUGAGGAAGUGAUUUGCUGUUUGGGGCUGCCUGUCAGGGUCUUGUUGACCUCCCCGUUCCUCCGAUGAACCCCCUCAACUCCAUGAAACCCGGUCUGCCUCCCACUCCGCACAGUGACGGUAACUUCCUGUAUGACUCUGCCUCCUGGCAACAAGGCACCAAUCAGCAGCCAGGCGCCCUCUCUGUGGUAACCACUGUCUGGGGCGUGACCAAUCCCUCGCACAGCCAGGUGUUUGGCGCGCCCAUGGGUCCGGGCGGGAACUCUGGAGGUCACAUGAUGCAGGGCAGCGGUGGCGGUGGGGGGAUGAGUCCUGGUGUGAACCACCAGUACCAGAGCUAUGGUGAUAAGGGCUACGGACAACCAGGUCUCUACGGACGCCCCAACACCGCCUAUAACCAAGCACCACCAUAUGGACAGAGUUACUCUAAUAAUGGUGGUGGUGGAGGGGGAAUGGGCCAACGCCCCCCCUCUGACUUCACCCAGGCUGCUGCCGCUGCUGUUGCCGCCGCUGCUGCCACGGCAACCGCCACUGCCACGGCAACAGUUGCCGCCAUCCAGGAGAAGCAGAACCAGGAAAUGAACUACGGCCAGAUGGGCGGAGGACCCUCCUCCUACAGUACCCAGUUCCUGUCCCACCCGGGCCCCCAGCAGGGUGGGCCCCGCGGCCCCCCGGGGAUGAGCCCCAGUGGGAUGGUCCAGUCCCGGCCUGGACAGCACCCCUCAAUGGGGGGCAUGGGGUACCCCUCGCACCCCUCCCAGGGUCAGGGCCAGAGGAUGUCCCAGCAGCACCAAGGCUACCCAGCAGGUCAACAACAGGGGCUCAAACGCCCCUACCAAUCUGAGGGUUUCCCGGGGCAGCAACAGUAUGGUUCAGGGGGCAUGUCUCCGUACCAUGGUGGCCAGCCCCUCCAGUACCCCCCCGGACCCCAGCAGCGCCCGCCCCAGUCCCCAUCAUACCACCCCAACCAGCGCAUGCCCCCCAUGGCACAGUACCAGCAAGGACCACCUAACCCGGCACAGUACUACAAGGAGCAGCAGUACAAUGGGCAGCAGGGUAACAUGCCACCAGGAGGCUACAAUGCCUUCACACAGGCUGCUGUCAAUGCGCAGGGUGGCCGAGUGAUGCCGGGGUACCCCAGUUCUCUUGGGGGUAACCCAACCCCUCCCAUGACUCCAGGCAGCAUGCCCCCCUACCUGUCACCCGGUGGGCCUGGACCGGACACCAAGCCCCCCUACCUCCCCCAAGGCCCUGACAUCAAGCCCCCCUACCUCCCCCAAGGCCCUGACAUCAAGCCCAACAUCAACUCCCUACAGCCCCCCACUGGUAACCCUAGCGACGACCUGCGGCUGACCUUCCCGGUGCGCGACGGCGUGGUGCUGGAGCCGUUCCGAUUGGAGCACAACCUGGCAGUCAGCAACCAUGCCUUCCAGCUGCGAGACUCUGUCUACAAAACCCUCAUGAUGAGGCCUGACCUGGAGCUGCAGUUUAAGUGUUAUCACCAUGAGGACCGGCAGAUGAACACUAACUGGCCCGCUUCCGUACAGGUUUCUGGUCCUUGCUUACAGGUGAGUGUGAACGCCACACCGCUCACCAUCGAGAGGGGCGACAACAAGACGUCCCACAAGCCCCUCUACCUCAAGCAGGUGUGUCAGCCGGGACGCAACACCAUCCAGAUCACCGUCACCGCUUGCUGCUGCUCCCACCUGUUUGUGUUGCAGCUGGUCCACAGGCCAUCAGUACGCUCAGUUCUGCAAGGUUUAAUGAAGAAGAGAUUACUGCCCGCAGAGCACUGUGUGUCUAAGAUUAAGAGGAACUUCAAUAGUGGGACCAUCCCUGGAACCACAGGGCUGAACGGAGAGGAUGGUGUGGAGCAGACAGCCAUCAAAGUCUCUCUGAAAUGUCCCAUCACCUUCAGACGCAUCCAGCUGCCCGCACGGGGACACGACUGUAGACAUAUCCAGUGUUUUGAUCUGGAGUCGUAUCUGCAGUUGAACUGUGAGAGGGGGACCUGGAGAUGCCCUGUGUGCAAUAAGAGCGCUCUACUGGAGGGACUAGAAGUGGACCAGUACAUUCUGGGGAUUCUAAUUUACAUACAGAACUCGGACUAUGAGGAGAUCACCAUUGAUCCAGUGUGUGGCUGGAGGCCGGUGCCCAUUAAACCAGACAUCCACAUAAAGGAGGAAGCAGACGGGCCUGUGUUGAAGCGCUGCCGGACGGUCAGCCCCAGUCACAUGAUGAUGCCCAAUGUCAUGGAGAUGAUAGCUGCCCUGGGACCGGCCUCCUCGCCCUACCAGGGUCUACCACCUGGGGGCAGGAACACACCUGACUACAACAGCCAAGCAGGUCAAGGAUACUCCAGCCAGUCAGGCUUCUCUGAGUUCCCCAACACCCCUGGAACUCCAACCCUGAGAGACUUCACCUCCCCUGGACCACCUAACAUCUACCAGCAGGACCAGAUGUCCCACUCUGGCCGUAUGGACCCUUCCCAUAAUGCCCUGCAGCAACAACAGCAGCAGCACCAGCAGGGUGUCCACGGUAACCAGAGUAUCGGAGGCGGCGUUGGCGGACAGAUGCAGCAGCGGAACUCCAAUACCCAGAAUGCCCGGCUGCAGACGGAGGGGUCGUUCGGCCUGGGUGGAGCGGGAGGAGGAGAGGGAGCGGAUCACACCCUGGACCUUCUCCCUGAGCUGACCAAUCCAGAUGAGCUGUUGUCCUACCUAGGUCCUCCAGAUCUACCUAGCAACAGCAACGAUGACCUGCUCUCUCUGUUCGAGAACAACUGAAGACUCACUUUCUUCCUCGUUUAGGGACAGCUUCAUCCUAUUGAGAGGGGGGAGGGGACGGGACAGAGAGGGAUUCAUGUUUUUAUACCCCAUGCCUGCCCAUCCCUACCCUCUGUGGACCAGACCAACAGGAAGGUGCAGAGGGUAGUGAGAGACAGACAUGACUUUCUCUGUCUGGAAACUCUGUCAAGACUAGUGUUUUUAGACUCAUUAUAAAGCAUCCCUUUGCACUCUGGAUCCAUCAAAUAAAUGAAAAAAGAAUAAUCCAGUGAAAAAUGGGACUGCCUGCACUGGCCAGCCACUAUAACUGUAAUGUUCUUAAAAAAUCACAAGCUGAAGGAUUUUAAACUUUUUAAAGGACCUUUUUAGAAACCAGAAAAAUUAAGUGUUAUGUUGACUUUCCAUUGUGUAUUUAUGAUUGUGGAACUUGUCAAUAAACGAGAAACAGACAGUGGAUCUCUGACAUGACAUUACAUUACUUAGUGUCAUAAAUAAAACUAAGAGUUGGUGUUGUUCAUUCUAAAUGGGAGUUAUGAAUGCUGAAAUGAAGAUAUGUAGUGUUUACACCAGGGCCCGGUUUCCCAAAAGCAUCGAAGGCUAAAUUAAUCGUUAGAACCUUCAUAGGAGGAUAGUUAAAUUUAUUGAGCUUUUUCCCAACUGAUUUAUCGCCUGCCUCCGACAGCUAGUAGAACAGCUAAGUCCUUAGAAUCUUUUUACCCUCCCGCGUCACUUUAUUACACCGAUCUCGCUAAUCAUAGAAUCACAUGGUUUAUCCAUCUCUAUGACCGCCGAAAACUUCAGUACAAAGUUGAAUACAAAUACUAAGUUGCCAAUGUCUUUGCAAUUGAUACAAACAAGCAACGUAUGAAAAUGUUUCAGAUAAAACCGAGAUGACUAUUCAAAUAAAUAGUAGGCUAUAGACCUAUUAUAGUCAUAUUGAAAUAUAUUUGAUGUUCAAUCGAGUUCUAUUUUGCUACUUUUAGGCUAGGCUACUGUCUGUAAUUAGUCAAUAUAGUUCAUGUGUAGCCUAAAGUGCUUAAUGAUGUACCAAAUAGAAUAAGCUGCGUCAAUAUUUGCAGCAGUAGGCGGUAAUAUUUCUCUAGGAGCUUAUCCGUCGUCGUUAUUGUGAAAUAAUUCUGUUAAGGUAAGAUUUGGAUGGAGAAAGCUGAUCUGAGAGCAGCGCUCCCGUUCUUUCGAUCCUAUCGGUAUCGACAAGUGCUCCAAUGAUUCAUUUAGCGACCGUUCACUCUACGUUGUGUUUUGGGAAACGCGUUACCUAUUCGAUGUUGUAGGAAAUGUGCAUAAUUUAACGCCUGGAACAGACCAACAUUGCCGUUGCAUCAACGCUGCAUAAUACAUUCUGCAGUCCAACUUUUUCAUUAUGUAAUCCAAAGUUGUUACUUGGUAUAUGAGCAACAAAAGUUCAACAUUCAUCUUUUGCUACUGUUUGUUCAAACGCGCUGCAGCAUUCCAUUGUAAAUGAAUGUACUUCUGGUGUACCAAAAUGCAAUGUAGCAGUUGGUCUGCUCCAGGCAUAAAACCAUUAAGCCAAGUUCCAUUAGGAAACUGGGCCCUGGGUAAUGCCAACAGUACACACCUUAAUGUCUCUAUACAGAUGACGUCAUACAAAGCCAGCACACAAAAGGAGAUGGGAGGGAUUUUUGAGACAGAGAGGUGUCUCAUAUCAGGCCAGUUGGUAAAUAAGGAAACUACUAGAUGUUUGAAUUGUUUGUUUUUCCCUGAGUGGGAGUCAGAAGCCAGACAUGGGGAACUCACCUUCAAUCUGUCUCUGGUACUCCUCCCUUCUCACUCUCUGUCUCUCUUUUAUAACUAUACUGCAGAGACAUUUAAACAUGCACAAAUAUACACACACUUUCAAGACCAUGGGAAUGGAUCGAAGCAUCCCCAGUGAACUCCUGUGAAUUGAUGGAGAGAGGACAGUUGGACAAAUUAUGCUCACCAUGUGUUUCCCAUAUGUCAAGGAGUGAAUGUGUAUUCUCCCUCCAUUCCUUCCUCCUCCUCUCCAGUAACACACAUUUAAAACCGCCUAUUUCUAAGGUUUAAACAGCCUUUAUGCUUCCUCUCUCUGGGUCCUUAGCCUGAGGGGACUAUCUGUCUGUUCCCACCCCUCUGAGGUUGUCAUUGGUUUGUAGGCCUAACUGUUUAGAGCACCAGAUGUUGGAUGUGCAAUGUUUAGUUUAAGAACAUCUGUAUUCAAUUCAUUUUUUUAAUAAUCAUGAUAAUAUUGUUGUUAUUAGAGUAAUUAAAGUGUUGGUGAAGCUGUGCA